CGCCUGGAGCGCGGUCACGUGACUGAGCAAAGAUGGCGUCGCCCAGCUCCCUGUGGUUGUUGGUUGUCUCUGUCCUGCCGGGGUGCUGCGCUGCCCUGGCGCUGGGGCAUGUAGACCCGCCGGCGCCGCUGCCGCUGGUGAUCUGGCAUGGGAUGGGAGACAGCUGUUGUAAUCCCUUAAGCAUGGGUGCUAUCAAAAAAAUGGUGGAGGAGAAAAUACCUGGAAUUUACGUCUUAUCUCUAGAGAUUGGGAAGACCCUGAUAGAGGACGUGAGGAACAGCUUCUUCUUGAAUGUCAAUUCCCAAGUAACAACAGUGUGUCAGAUUCUUGCUAAGGAUCCUAAAUUGCAACAUGGCUACAAUGCUAUGGGAUUCUCCCAGGGAGGCCAAUUUCUGAGGGCGGUGGCUCAGAGAUGCCCCUCACCUCCAAUGAUCAAUCUGAUCUCAGUUGGGGGACAACAUCAAGGUGUUUUUGGACUCCCUCGGUGCCCAGGAGAGCAUUCUCACAUCUGUGACUUGAUCAGAAAAACGCUGAAUGCUGGGGCUUACAACAAAGCUGUUCAAGAGCGCCUGGUGCAAGCAGAAUACUGGCACGACCCCAUAAAGGAGGACUCAUACCGCAACCACAGCAUCUUCUUGGCAGAUAUUAAUCAGGAGAGAGGUGUCAAUGAGUCCUACAAGAAGAACCUGAUGGCCCUGAAGAAGUUUGUAAUGGUGAAAUUCCUCAAUGAUUCCGUUGUGGACCCUGUGGAUUCUGAGUGGUUUGGAUUUUACAGAAGUGGCCAAGACAAGGAAACCAUUCCCUUACAGAAGACCCCACUGUACACACAGGACCGCUUGGGGCUAAAGGAAAUGGACAACGCAGGGCAGCUAGUGUUCCUGGCUCUAGAAGGGGACCAUCUUCAACUGUCUGAAGAAUGGUUUUAUACCCACAUCAUACCCUUCCUUGAAUGAAACCCUUGCAAUUUGCACCAGAGCUCAGGGAGCCGCCAGCACUUCCAAACCAGUGGAAGACCACUCCCUUUAUGCCCAAGACUGAGCUCAGAUCCAGCUUGCAACUAAUCCUUCUCCCUAAUCAUCUAACAUGCCCUGCUCCAAAAGAUCUAAGAUCCAAAUCUUCUCCUUUGCCUUAUCCUAUCAGCAUAUGGUAUUGAAUACAAGUUUAAUUAGUAACCAGAGAUUGUUUUACAAUCAUUUGAUGUGGUCAAGCUGUCGUAGGAAAACAGUCUGCUGCAGCUCAGUGCCAGAACUGUGCCCAGGCCCAGAAGAAACUGAACAAAAGCAAUGAGCUGGAUUCUAAGGGCAAACACCUUUCUCAGGAAAAUCUAGCCCCAUUUCAAGCCAAGAGAAGGCCAACACCCAGGCCUGAGCCAUUCCUAUAAAUGCUUUGUUUUGCUGGUAGAAGUUUAACCAAUGUUUGGAGAAAUAUUGCUUGGGUAAUGUUUCUGCAAAAUCUGAGACUGCCCUCCUCUCUAUGUUGCCUUCUGUGGUAUCUUAGCAAUUAUUAGACAAAUUCCGCUCGCCUACCAUCUUCCUUUGGUAGCCGUCUUUUUUUGGUAGCCGACGGCUACCA